AUGACUCGCGUGCUCCUGACAGGUGGAAGUGGCUUCAUUGCCGCCCAUGUCCUCGAGGCUCUUCUAGCCCGCGGCCACUCUGUCGUUACGACUGUUCGCUCCCAGUCCAAGGCUGAAGCAAUCCAGCGAACCCAUCCAGACAUUGGUAAGGAUCGUUUGUCGUUUGCUGUUGUUGAGGAUAUUGCUCAGCCGAAUGCUUUCGAUCGCGCGGUCGUGUCUGAUCCUCCUUUUGAAGCUGUUAUCCAUACUGCUAGCCCAUAUCACUUUCAUGCUAAGGAUGCGAAGGAGCUGUUAGAUCCUGCUAUCAUCGGAACUACUGGCAUUCUCAAGUCCAUCCAGCAACAUGCGCCUCUUGUUAAGCGAGUCGUCGUGACAUCCUCUUUCGCUGCCAUCAACGAUGUCUUUGCAAAAUCAGCCGGCAAGAUCUACUCAGAAGCAGACUGGAGUCCUAUCACAGAAGAACAAGCCAACGACAGUCCUGCGAAUGCAUAUCGCGCCAGCAAAACCUUUGCCGAAAAAGCAGCCUGGGACUUCAUCUCUACUCAGAAACCCCCCUUCACCCUCUCCGUAAUCAACCCCCCUCUCGUCCUCGGCCCCAUCACACCAACCCUCACCUCCCUCUCCACCCUCAACACCUCCAACCAACGCAUCCGCGACCUCAUCUCCGGCGCCGCAAAGGCACACUGCCCACCAACAGGGAACUACCUCUUCGUCGACGUGCGCGACCUCGCCCUCGCGCACGUCCUCGCCGCCGAAAAACCCGAAGCAGCCGGGAAGCGCUUCUUCACCGUCUCGGGCCAUUUCUCGAAUAAAGAGAUUGCGGGGAUUAUCGGCGAGGAGUUUCCUGAGUAUAAGGAGAGACUGCCGACGGGUGAGGCGUUGGUGUCCGGGGAUUAUCCGGCUGAUGGGGUUUAUGGGUUUGAUAAUGGACGGGCGAGGGAGGUAUUGGGGGUGAAGUUUCGGGGGUUGAGGGAGUGUGUUGUUGAUGCUGUUAGGAGUUUGGUGCUGUUGGGGGCGGAUGAGUAUCAGGGGUAG